AUGCACGGACCAUUCGUUAUUCGGUUUUAUGAGGAUUUGGAACAUGUACAAGCCAUAUUGCCUACAACCUUCAACGGUAUCAGCCUAGCGGACUCGCCCCAUAAGGCAGGUGUUGGGUGUCUAGUUAGGAGGAGGACACAAGGGCUUUCAUAUAUGGCUUUGGAAGAGAUAAAGGUAACAACUCCUAGAAGACCUCCCUCGUCGACUCUCUACAAGAUCGUAUACUCCACUUCCUUCAUCGCAGGAUCUUCCUUGUUAAUGAAGGAGAUGGCGCCAGGGUUUUGCAACCGGGUAUCCCUUGCACUCCGACCGGUGAGAUAUUGCACAAGCUGA